AUGAAUAUUUUGAGGGCUAAGAAAGCAAUACGGGCCACCAUAGGAGAGACUAGAUCCUCUUCUUUAGCAAAGGAGUUCUUUAAUUCAAAACCUAUGGAGUUUUAUGGUUGGUCUAACCCUCUUCAAGUGGAUAAAUGGCUAGAACAGACGGUGAAGACGUUUGAGGUGUUUCACAUUGUUGAUGAUGAGCUUCGGGUUCCCUUGGAGGCCUUCCAAUUGAAAGGGGACUCAGGCAGCAAGGUCACAAGGCUUCAAUUUUCCCUCAAAAUGAGGGAAAACAACUGUAGUAAUGGCUGGCUCAUUCUCAUAGCUAGUUUCGGAGUAGUGGUUGGAUGUCCACCUGCUACCAAUGUGGAGAACCAAGAUCGCAAGGUUUCUGAAUUUGAACAGCUAAAACAAGAAAACAUGUCCAUAGCUGAGUAUGAAGCUAAGUUCACUGAAUUAGCCCUAUUUGCUCCUUAUAUGGUGGAUUCAUAUUACAAGAAGGCUUCAAAAUUUGAAGGAGGCUUGACUUUAGACGUGUUUGAUCGAGUUGGUGUAUUGAAAAUGCCUAAAUAUGUGGAUGUACUUGAUAAAGUCCUAAUGGCUGAAGCCAACUUGGCUGCAAUGAAAAAGACUAAAACUCCAACAACUGAAUGA